CCCCGCAGCGGCUGAGGAGCUGAUUGGCCCACCUCGCGGCCUCCAGCCACCUGCUGCUGUCUGUCUUGGGGCCACCCUCCCCAUGCUCCAUCCUGUCCACCAGGCCCAGCGUGGCAACAGCGGGCCGGACUCCGGACCUGCUGCUUCUCAGACGUCUCCAUGACAACCAGGGCCUUGGAGGAGUUGGAUGGAGGCCUGGGCAGUUGCCAAGUGGACGAGGACCUCUCUGCACUGGCUGACCCCUGCCCAGGCCGGCCCCGGGAGGACAGGGCUCAAGCGACAUCCAGGCUGGCCGACUCCAGCAGCUGGCCCCGUGAUUCUCAGGAGCCGGCAGCUGAGGGCAGCCCCGCAGGCGGUGUGGAUGCUUGGCCCAAGAAAACAGAAAAGGAGCCUGUGGACAAAGUGGCCUCCGGACCGGGUCCCCGGAGCCCCGCGCGGAAGAAGGCGCAGGCCGCGCCGCCCUCGCAGCCGCCGCCCACGCCCCCGGUCCUGAGCGAGGAGCUGCUCUGGGGACACCUGACGCUCAACAGGUGCCUGGUGCUCGCCUCGCUCGUGGCGCUGCUGGGCUCCGCCUUCCAGCUGUGCCGAGAGGCCGUGGCGGGGGAGGCGGAAGCCCCUGCGCCUGUCCCUGAGCCGUGGGUCCCGCCAAGCUCGUCCCUGAAGGAGCCAGCGUCACCCCUGCCAAAGUCCGUGGCCUGGGCCCCCCCACUGGGAUCGCUCGAGCCCCCGGCGAAGGUAGAGGAAAGGGCCGCGGUUCCCAGGAGCAGCGGGGCUGCAGGGAAGGACAAAGGGGAGUCUGAGGAGACCGCUGAGGAGGAGCGCGUGCCGCUUGCCGACCGAGGGCCCAAGGAGAGGCGGAAGAAGGCGGCGAGGCUGAGAAAGGAGAGGCCCCGGAAGGAGAGGCCACAGAAGGAGGAGAGGCCGAGGAGGGAGAGGCCCCGGAAAGAGGAGAGGCCGCGGGCUGCCGGGGAGGCCCUACACCGACGCUGGGAGGCGCGCGAAGGGGGCCAUCGGGCAUGGGCGGGAGAGUCCAGAGACCCCGAGCAUAGGAAGAGGCAGGCCUGGGCCUCCCCGCGGCGCCCCGAUGAGGAGGACCGGCCUCCCGGCCGCCAGAAGCACCACGCGGGCAAGGGGCGGGACUGAGCCAGACCUGGGUCCUGCGCGGGGGUCCCUGAACCUCUGCUCGACCGCCCCGCAGUUCCAGCAAAUAAAGCGAGCGCUGUGGUCCCCCUCA